UGACUAUGCCCAAACGAAUUCUUCUAGUUGGGUCUGUUCUUUCACCCUUUUCAUCUUUAUUCACUUCCUCCUUCGUCAUCCUUAUAUCUUCGGUGGAUAUAUUCCCAGCUCUUCUUGACACCUAAGCUAUGGGCAAACGCUAUGUGCAAGAUUUCUAUGUUGAUCCACACUCCGCUUUACUGUUCCACAAAAUGGACUUGGGUCUAAAACACAGAGCGGUGCGAGUGCUAGGCUCACGCGUCUUUCGUGUAACCGGCAUCGUGAUCUUUCUAAUCGCCUUCUUCGUUACACUCAUGCAUCUUCCGAUGAACACCCUUGGGAAUGAGUACCACUUUAGUUCUCCAGCCCCGAGUCGACCUGUCAACGAGCAAAUAAACCCCGCCAGCCCGAGCUACUAUCUGAUUACCGACUGGUCCCGCUUCGCCUACGUGCAGUAUGUCACGAACACAGCCUAUCUCUGCAACUCCGUCAUGAUUUUCGAAACGCUGCACCGUAUGAACAGCAAAGCCGAUCGCCUGCUGAUGUAUCCAGCUGGGUUCCCAAUAGAAGGUGACUCUGCGGAGAGUAUACUACUUCGAAAAGCCCAUCAUGAAUACGGAGUCAAGCUGGUGCCUAUCGAAGUGCAGAGCAAAUUUGAGCUGGGGCGUGACUAUACCUGGGCAGAGAGCUAUACCAAGCUUCUCGCAUUCAACCAAACCCAGUACGACCGAGUCCUUAGUCUGGAUUCCGACGCGACAAUCCUUCAGCCCAUGGACGAACUAUUCCUGCUUCCUCCCUGCCCCAUCGCAAUGCCGCGAGCAUACUGGAUGAACCCCGACGAUCGCGUCCUAAGCUCACAGAUGAUGCUGAUCCAACCAUCGACAUUCGAAUUCAACCGCAUCAAAGAGGCCAUCGAGAACGCCAGUCUCAAUGAAUAUGACAUGGAGAUCGUAAACAACCUGUACAAAGACAGUGCGCUCGUUCUUCCCCACCGAUCGUACGACCUGUUGACGGGCGAAUUCCGGGCCAAAAACCAUUCCUCGUACCUGGGAAACCCGGUGGAGACAUGGGACCCUGAUGUGGUUAUGAGAGAGGCGAAGUUUCUGCAUUUCUCGGAUUGGCCGGUUCCAAAGCCCUGGAUCCAAGCACAGGAGGACACAGUUACAAACAACCAGCCGGAAUGCAACCUUGAUUCUGAGACAGACGAUAAGAAUUGCCGCACGCGCGAUCUGUGGCUGGGCUUUUACACUGAUUUUGCGCAGAGACGAAAGGACGUCUGUCGAAUGUCGUUGAAGAAAUCGCACAAACGAUCUUCAGAUGAACGUCCGGAACGGUCACCUGGGAUUUAUGAGCCGACAUUCUGAAUAUGGUGAUCUUGUAUUCUUUUUGUAGAUAUUUACAUGUACUUGGUACCCAAGCGGUAGCAUUCACUUGUUACAUUUGGACUUGGAUUGAGAUUCACUAUUUUUCGAAGGAACCAGAUUCUCGAG